CCAUCUCUUUAUUGCACAACUCCAGCACCAUCAAAUUGUUGUGUAUCCACCGUAUUACAACACUAUUCCGCAACCGAAUAUUGAUACUGACCCACCAGCAACUAGUUUCAUUUCAUUUCCUCUAAUCAUUAUCAUUAUUUUUUAAAUCAAAAUACACGUGCAAUACAGAUUAACUUACACAAAAAAAAGAAAAGAAAAGCAUGAAAAAACUUGUAAAUGACACAUUACAUAUUCCAAAACCAUCACAAAAGAAACCCAAACCAAUCAGCAAAACAAUAAAGCAAAUAAAUAAAUUCUUCACUUUCUUCUUCAAGUAUCCACAAUUCACCGCCACUAACCAGCCACCAUAGAUGGCGGGGGAACGCAGCGCCAACCUCUGCACGUGCUGCACAAGCUUCAUCACCAGCACAGGCCUCAUAAUCAUCUUCCUCUGGCUCACACUCCGAACUCAACAACCCAAAUGCUUCAUCCAAUCACUCUACCUUCCCUCUCUCAACAAAACCAUCACUUCAAACCACAAACACUCCAAAAACAACAACACCAUUAUCUUCAACCUCAAAGUCACCAACACAAACAAAGACAAAGGUGUCCUAUACGACACCGUUCGUCUUACAUUCAGCCUCUUCCUCGACGCCAACACCACGCGCCCACUCGCUAACACCACUCUCGAACCUUUCUACCAAGGACAUGGUAGGACCACCGAGAAAUGGAGCUCCGCUGAAGCACAUGGCGGUGGAGUCAACCGCACGGUGAACGGAAGCGUCUUCUUACGCGUCGAUUUCGCCACGCGCGUUAACUAUAAGAUUAUGCUUUUCUAUACCAAACGACACCGUUUGUCUGGAGGGGCAAAUGUGGAAGUUAAUGUUAGCACCGGGGAGAAAGUGGACCCCAAAGGAAUCAGGCUCGGUAAUACUCCGCCUCGGGUCGGGUCCGAAGCUGCCCCGGUUCGUAACCGCUGGAUUGCUCUUUCUACAUUUUUAGUUUCUCUAUGCUUUUACUUGACUUACUAAUUUGCUUAAUUUUUAUUUUUAUAUUUUUUUAAAUUAUUUUAUUUUUCAAUGUAUUUUAACAAAGUGAUUGAAAUUACCCGAAUAAUGAUUUCAAUUAAUAA